AUGUGGCAGGGAACAAGGUCCUGUGGUGAGCGGUUCUUCCUGUUCAUCCUCAUCAUCUUCUUGGCGGAGCUCUCGGCAGCCAUCCUGGCCUUCAUCUUCAGGGAGAACCUCACCCGCGAGUUCUUCACCAAGGAGCUCACCAAGCACUAUCAGGGCAACAACGACACCGAUGUCUUCUCUGCUACCUGGAACUCGGUCAUGAUCACAUUCGGCUGUUGUGGCGUCAACGGGCCUGAAGACUUCCGGUUUGCGUCAGUUUUCCGACUGCUGACUCUGGACAGCGACGAGGUGCCCGAGGCCUGCUGCCGAAGAGAACCGCAGACUCGGGACGGGGUCCUGCUGAGCAGGGACGAGUGCCUGCUGGGAAGGGACCUGUUCCUGAACAAGCAGGGCUGUUACACAGUGAUCCUCAACACUUUUGAAACCUACGUCUACCUGGCUGGAGCCCUUGCCAUAGGGGUGCUGGCCAUCGAGCUUUUCGCCAUGAUCUUUGCCAUGUGUCUCUUCCGGGGCAUCCAGUAGAGGGCGUGGCCUGGAGCCUGAAGCCUCACCCACCAUCACUGCCCAGCACCCAAAGCCCUCCCCUCCCCGGUGCCCCUGCCCUCUUGGCCCCAGGGGAGGAGGUGAGGUCAUGAUGAGUGGCCAGGAGAAGGGGCAGAGGAAAAUAGCUAUUUUUUUAACACAACAAAAUGAAGACAAGACUACGGAUUGAUGGACCCCACCUGGUCUCCGGGUGGGUGCCAUGGGCUCUCUGCAGGGGUCCUGGUACCUGAACCCCAGGGAGGAGUCUGCACUAGAGACCAAAGGAACCCCAGAACCAGGUUCCCUCCUCGGUCCCACCAGCUUCUGGCAGCCCCGGGCCUGGGCCUUCUCCUCAGCUCCAGGUGCCAAGAAAGUGUGGAUUUAGCCAACAAGGAAGCAAAAGCAACUCUCAGAGGUCGACAAAGCCCCGGGGGGCCCCAAGGAGACUCAGUCACCAUGUCCUUAAGAACUUGGAACCUACGUUCAACCCCUGGUCCUCUGAGGAUGGAAUUAUCCCUGCCCCAGGCUGGGGCCAAGAGUGGGCUGCAGAUACUGGAUCCAAGAAUGGCCUAGCUGGUGGGGUCCUUGCUUCCCUCAUCUGUUGGAUCAAAUAAUCUGGAAAGCCCAGAGAGGGGCACUUUUUCAUUCACAGUCACACAGCAUAUGCAUGACAAUUCUGAACAAGAACCCAGUCGUCCCUCG